AUGACAUCGAUACCAAUCAUCGUCAAACACGCAGGCAAGCGCUAUGAAGUCGAGCUCGACCCUGAGGCAAACGGCGAAACAUUGAAAUACCAACUGUUCUCCCUGACCGGUGUGGAGCCAGAUAGACAAAAAGUGUUGGUCAAAGGUGGCCAGCUGAAGGAUGACACUCCUCUUUCCUCUCUUAAGGCCAAGGCAGGGCAAACCUUCAUGAUGAUGGGUACGCCAUCUGGAGGCAAAGGUGCUGCUGAUCUUGGCCGCCCUAAGGAGGCAGUGAAGUUCUUGGAGGAUAUGACUGAGGCCGAGGUUGCACAGCAAGAAGGUGCUACCCCUGCUGGUCUACAGAAUUUGGGAAACACCUGCUACCUGAACUCCACUCUUCAAACCCUCCGAAGUGUGCCAGAACUGCAGGAGGAACUCCAGCGGUAUCAGCCGAGCGGUCGCUCUGGGCAAUCCGGGCUAGCUGACCUCGCCAACUUUGGUAUGGGUGGCCUGGGCAGCUCUAAUGAUAUGGCCGCGUCUCUUCGGGAUUUGUUCAAGCAAAUGUCCGAGACCCAGGAGGGUAUCCCGCCUUUCAUGUUCCUUAAUUCCCUUCGGACGAUUUUUCCUCAAUUCGCUCAGAAAGAUCGGAACGGUCAAGGUUACGCGCAGCAGGAUGCCGAAGAGGCGUGGUCACAGAUUGUGAAUCAGUUGCGGGCAAGGUUGAUCAUCAAGGACGGGAAUGGAGAGUCAGCAUCACAGACCUCCUUCAUUGACAAGUACAUGGCUGGUAGAUUUGAAUCGGUCACCGAAUGCGAUGAUCCUGCUGCCAAAGAAGCUGGAGAAGAACCAAAUCAGUCCUCAGACGUUUUCUUCAAGCUUGAUUGUCAUAUUGGAAAAGAGACGAACCACCUUCAAGAUGGCAUCAUGGCUGGACUGGAGGAACAGAUUGAGAAACAGUCCCCCGUUCUUGAUCGCAAUGCUGUGUACACAAAGCGAUCGCGCAUUUCCCGGUUGCCCCAGUACCUGACGGUACAUUUCGUCCGCUUCUUUUGGAAGCGUGAAACCCAAAAGAAGGCCAAGAUUAUGCGCAAGGUGACAUUCCCGGCAGAGCUAGAUGUCGUCGAAUUCUGCACCGAAGAGCUGAGGAAGCAGCUCGUGCCUGUUCGCGAUAAGGUGCGGGAGAUUCGCAAGGACGAGGUCGAUGUUGAGCGGGCCCGAAAACGCCAAAAGCUCUCGAAUCAGCGGGAGGACGGCCUGGAGGAUGAAGAUGCCAAAACAGGUGGAAAUGUCGAACCCAUGCAGAAGAAGAAGGCCGCCGAAGAAAACAAGAGCAAAACAAACGACAAAGAUGGUGAUACCGCCAUGGAAGAGACUUUUAAGACCGACGCCGAGUAUGAGGCGGAGAAAACCGAAGCAAUCAAUGCUGCCAAAAAGGAACUGUUUGAUCUCAUCAACCAAAAUGCUUCUGCAAAUGCCGGUACAAAUCAAUCUGGGUUGUACGAGCUCCGUGGCGUGAUUACCCACCAGGGUGCAAGUGCAGACAGCGGCCACUAUACAGCCUAUGUGAAGAAGGAGGGACGGAAACGAGAUGACUCCCAGAGUGGCAGCAAGCGCCGCGAGGAGGAUGACAAGUGGUGGUGGUUCAAUGAUGACAAGGUGACCGAGGUGGAAGCCGAGAAGAUCGAAACUCUCGCUGGCGGUGGCGAAUCCCAUUCGGCCCUCAUCCUUCUCUAUAGGGCCAUUGACCUUCCGACAUUGGAUUGA